AUGUCUUAUUCAAAUAUAUACUACCUCAUACUAUUGGUCAUCUGGUUUAAUUGUUCUUCCAUUCGUUAUCUUUUCAUAUUACCAAAGGUUCAUCCCACAGCAUCUCAUCCUUCACCAAGAAUUCGCCAUUUUCCUCUCUCCUGGGCUUCUUGCUGGGCUCACUCAACUGCAUUGUCUUACAAGACGUCACUUUCUUGCCUGCCCAUGGAUGGAGAGGUUUACCUCCAUCCCAGAAAGAUGACUUUCUCCAGCCUGUGCUAUCCAGAAUGCGGGGUAGCCCAACCCAGUCCAGUUACUGACAGCUGCAACGAGCCAUGCAUUAGGCAGUGCCCUGACUCCGAAGUGGUGAUCAAACCCUCACCGGUUGUUGUGACCCUCCCCGGACCAAUUCUCAGUAAUUUCCCUCAGCAGAGUGAAGUGGCAGCCAUAGGAGCUCCUGUGGUUGGAGCUGGUUUGGGGGGCUCAUUCUGUUUGGGGGGAUUGUACGGCUAUGGAGGCCAUUACGGAGGAUUGUAUGGUUUAGGGAGAUUAGGUGGUUACAGGGGCCUUUACGGUUAUGGGGGAUUAUUGGGCUAUGGGGGACACUGCGGUUACCCAGGCCUUUAUGGUUUCGGCGGAUUAUGGGGAUAUGGGGGAUGUGGCCGUAGGUCUCUUAGUGGAUAUUGUGGGCCAUGUUAAAGCCAGCAGGAACAUCCAUGGAAGCAGGAAAAAACAGGAAAUGACGGGCAAGAUACAGAUUCACCUCUGAGCUUUUGGGCAUGGCUUUCAGAAGUGCUGGGCAAACGUGGCUCCAGCUGAACUCAGUGGGUGCUGUGUGUGCUCAGCACCUUGGGCUGACAGCCGUGCUGCAUUUCUAAUGUUACGCUUUAUGACUCUUUCUGCAAAUGCUUUCCCAUCCAUGUGCGGAUUCUUUUAUUUGCAUGUGGACUCAUUCUGAAUUACACGUAGGCUGUUUACACUAACCCUGCAGUGUGAAGGAAACAGCGGCCUUAAGAUAGGCAUCAUUUACUUUUAUUAUCACUUUAAGUCCCUUUUAGGCACCACAUGUUCUAUCCUUUCCAUCAAUAUGUACCUUUAGCGGCUCACUUUGACCUUUGCGUGGCAGAUGUCUAACAGAGAAACUGCUUAGUCCUCUGCUUCUAUUUUCCUUUGUCUCAUUUUCCACCAACUGGGAUAAAACAAGGAACUUAAAAUACUUUCAAUGGGGACUUGUUUGUCAAUCUCUGCAGCUGCAGUCAGAAGAACAUACACCCCGUUGAGGUAUGCAAUUGGUCAGAGCCCUUCUUGAAACAUUGGAAAUGCAUUCUUUCUGCUCUGUAGUAUUUCUUCCUGUAACUGUGUAUUACCAAUUUCAUUUGCAUUAAAACUCUGCUGCAUCAUAA